AUGAAACAUGUGUAUCUGGUGGUUUUUUUUAUUAUUGAUUCUAGUCAAUAUGAUGUUAAAUUUCCUAAAUUCUUUGAUGAAGCAACAAAUACAACGGAUAUAAAUAUUGAGAAGUGCUCAGUGGAUAUUUUAGAAUUAAUUUGGCUGCAAUUAUUCCCCUUAAAAGAUAUUCUUAUGUUAUUGGUAGAUAUCCGAAUUAAAUCUAGCGUAGAAGACAUUCUACUUAUUAUAUCCGAAAUCGAGUCCUCGUACUUUUAUCCUCCAUUGGCUAUUAAUUCUGAAAUUGAUAAACUGGAUACUAUACUCAAUGUCAUUUUAACUAAAAGUAUUAAGACGAUGAUUUAUUUUGAUAUAAAAUCAUGCUUAAUAUGUAUAACUUAUUUAUUGCUUCUACAUUGUGAAGAAGCAAAUUCUAAAAGGAUGUGUCAUUUUUUUAUGAAGAAGACAUUAUCAAUUAUCAUAGUUGAUUUAAUUGUGAACUUCUAUAGCACUAUCUUCUCUGAUAGUUUAAUAAGCUUUCUUGUUAUUCCAAGUAUUGAGAGUUCAAUUCAAAAGAUAAAUAUCAUAUUGUUGUCAUUUAUUAUUCGAAUAAAAUAUUCAGGAUGGGAAAAAAAUAUUACUAAAGUUGGAGAUGACUAUGAUAGAAAUAUUAGUAGUUUGAGGUUUUUCAAUAGUUUGCAGAAUUGUUUAUCUUUGUGUAUAUCUUUGGGGUCAUUAUUAUCAUCUUGGUAUUGCUAUUCAUUACAGAUAGUCAAAGCUCAUAAGUGUCUAUGUAAUCUGAUUUUUGGUACUGGAUUUGCGUGA